AUGCCUGCCGCCGUCGCAAAACUGUCAAAGAACCAACAAAGAAGGGCGAAGAAGAAAGCGAAAAAAGCUGAGGUUCGUAGCUUGAGAAACAAUCAUUAUAAUGAACAUGAUCUAACGCGUUUAAACCGGGAGCAGUCCAAAGGAAGCCGAGAAACCUCAACUACACCUGCUGCAGAGCCUGUAGCUGCCACACCCACAACCAAAACCGAGAGCAAGCCAGACGAUUCAAAACCAAAUGAGGAACUUGACUAUGCGUCAACCAUGUUUGCGCCCGCCGAAGCGGAUAAUGAGCUAUUUCAGCUAUAUCAGGAUGUCAUGGGGAAAUUCGACCAGACCGAGGAUGAAGACUCUACCGUUAAAAAAUCAGAUAAACCGGAGAUAUACUUUGAUGAAGAUGACAUUCCAGACGAGGAAGAGGAAGACAGCGCAGAAACCAAGAUAUCCAAGAAGAAGCGCAAGCAGAUGAAUAAACUUUCCGUUGCUGAGUUGAAGGCUAUGGUUCGAAAACCCGAGGCGGUGGAGUGGACAGAUGCAGAUGCUUCAGAUCCAAAACUUUUGGUUCAUAUUAAAACUUACCGUAAUGUGGUUCCUGUGCCGGGUCAUUGGUCCUUGAAACGUGAAUACCUAUCUUCCAAACGAGGAAUUGAGAAGGCUGCAUUUCAACUACCCAAGUUCAUCCAGGAGACAGGCAUUGCUGAGAUGAGAGAUGCGGUUUUGGAAAAGCAGGAUCAGCAAACUCUUAAACAGAAACAACGUGAAAGAGUACAGCCCAAGAUGGGAAAACUUGAUAUCGACUACCAAAAGCUCUACGAGGCAUUUUUCCGGUUCCAGACAAAGCCUGAGCUGACAAGAUAUGGCGAGGUUUACUAUGAAGGAAAAGAAUUUGAGACCAAUUUAAAACAUCUCCGGCCCGGGGAACUCAGUGAUGAGUUAAAGGAAGCAUUAAAUAUUCCCCCAGGUGCUCCACCACCUUGGCUGAUCAACCAACAGCGGUUCGGCCCUCCACCAUCAUAUCCUGCCAUUAAAAUACCCGGUCUCAACGCUCCGCCACCACCCGGUGCCAUGUGGGGUUACCAUCCUGGAGGGUAUGGAAAACCCCCAGUUGACGAACACAACCGGCCUUUAUACGGUGGUGACAUCUUUGGCGUACUACAGACUCAGCAAAAUGUACAGCAAGGUGAGCCUGUCGAAAAGGAUUUAUGGGGAGAGCUCCAGCCACCAGAAGAGGAAGAGGAAGAGGAAGAAAGUGAAGAGGAAGAAGACGAGGACGAGGAGGAUGAAGAAGACGUUGGCGCAGGGCUACAAACCCCAAGUGGUUUGGAGACUCCAAGUGGUAUGAUUUCAUCCAUCCCCUCUGAAUACGGUGGUACCCAGAGCAUUACUGGUGAAUUUGAUGUUCGGAAGCACCACAGAGGCACAGAAACCGAAGAAACAACACAUCCAAGAUCAGCCUAUCAAGUUAUCCCCGAACGCGAGACCCAAGUCAAGGGAUUCUUUGGUGGUGACAGGGUUUACGAUAUCAAGGGGACAACCGCCAAUCUCCCAGUGCUUGGAGCUGAGGAUGAAAAUCGAAAAAGAAAGCGACCAGGUGAUGUUGAUGUGGCUGUGGACCCGGAAACUCUGGAAGGCCAUGGUCUUGACAAGGAGAGCCUAAAGAAUCUUUACGACUCACAGAAAAAGCAGGAAGAGAACCCGAACUGGUUCCAAGAAGAUCUCAGUGACAUGAUUGCCAGUGAAAGCCGGAAACGAUUAAAGAAGGACGAAGAAAGGCGAGCCAAGCGUUAA